AUGAAAGUAAUAUAUAAGAAUAAUUCUCUUCAUUAUUUGGGAUUUUUCUUUUUCUUUAUAAUUUCAACUUAUUGUUCUUUAAUUCCAAAUGAUUGGGUUAUUACCCAUGAUCCUAAAGACUUUGACCUAAUAGAAGGAAUUACGUAUAAUAUUGUACAUUCCAUAUCAAAAAAGUACUUAGUUAGUGUUGGUGAUCAUGUUCAAGUUGGUGCAUCUGAUGAUUCUAAUUCAUAUCAACAUUGGUCAUUACGAAAGGCUGAAGGUAAAAAUUAUGAUGUUUAUAACAUUAUAAAUAUAGGAACAGGUACAAAUUUAGAUAACGAUGGUAAAGGAGUAUAUGCUAGUAGUCUUGACCAUGAUUCUAUAACCAAUCCUUAUCAACAUUGGAUAUUUAUAAAAAUCAAAGAUAAUACGUAUAAUAUAGUCAAUACAAUAAACGAACAUGGUAACAUAGAUAGUAAUGGUAAAAUAGUUUAUAUUGGAAAAUCUAGUAAGAAUAAUCGUUAUCAACAAUGGUUAUUCGAACCUAUUAAUUAUAAAUUAAUUACAAAAGUAAAAGAUUUCGUUUUAGAUUUUGAAAAUGAUAAACUGCAACGUAAAUUUGUUAACCUUUUAAGUAGUAACGAUACAAUUAAGAAUCCAACAAAUGCGACUAUAGAGCAAGCAUUUGAAAAAGAUGCAACAAAAUCAAAUUCUUAUACUUUGGAAAUCAGAAAAUCUGAGUCACUUAAAGUUAGUGGAUAUAUUAGUAUGUCUUUUGAAAUUAGUCUAGAUAUUUUUGAUAUUUUUGAUAUAUUACCUGUGAAAGCUGGUGUUAGUGUUGGUACAGGGAUUAAAGGUGAGAUUAAAGAAACAACUGAAGAAACUUAUAAAGAAACCGUGACAGAUACAGUUUCAUAUCGUAUUAAACAUAAAGCUACCGUGCCACCCUAUACCUCAGUACAAGUUAUUGCUAUUGCAAAUAAGGUUAAUUAUAUGGUACCUUUUCAUGCAAAAAUUCAAAUCACUUGUAAAGCGGAUAGACUGAAUACAGACGGGAAAGCUAUUCAAAUGAUUGAUGUUGAUGCCAAUGCAAUUAGAUAUUAUGCUCAAAGAGAAAAUCCUGGAGUCGAAAUCAUGAAUGAAAAUUUUUUUUAUAUCAUUACAAAUGGCACACUAAAAAUAGAUGGCUAUGGAUAUAAUUCAUAUACUUAUGCAAAAAAUUUGCCGCAAGACACGUUACCUCCGAAGCCAGAGUCCACUCCAAAGGUGCCAGAUUCCACUCCAAAGGUGCCAGAGUCAACUCCAAAGGUGCCAGAGUCCACUCCAAAGACAUCAGAGUCCUCUCCGAAAAAUCUAGUUAUGUUUCAUCAAAUAAUUCUCACAUUAUUGCAAAUAAUGAUUAUGUUACAAUAUACUUAUCAGUAA